GUGUAAAUAAUAAUAAUAACAGUUGAGAUGUUUUGUUUUGGUUUUCAAUAGUUUUUCUACAAAAAAGAUGUUCGCGUUUCUUUGUGGCAAACCACAUGAACAACAAACGUAGUAUGGAAAAUGCAUAACUCGCUGGCCUCGAGGUUGCUAGUGCGACUCUUGUUGCUGUUCGCACUAGUGACUGUGAUAUCGAUCGCGAUACUCACAAAAUGGGGCUUUGACGAGCUGACUGCCCAAACCGACAAGGAUUCCCACGUUAAUCCCAGCGAGGCAAAUGGCUACAAUUAUGCAUUGAAUGCUAAAGAUGCACAAAUCCAGCGUCUGAAGCAAGAAGUGCUCACGCUACGUACACAAAUACUGCUGCUACAGAACAAUCACAGCGGCAACAAUGGAUUGCCCGGCAGAUUGCCGCCGCCUCCGCUGCCAUUGCAAGCAGCUGUCUCCUCCUCGAUCUCCAGCAACAGCAGCGUGCCUGGCACUCUGUUGCACCCACAACAGACACCCGAGACGACAGCUGCGACGAUGACGCAUCAUUACGAUUGCAGCAGCUACAUUCGCAAGCAAGUUGGCGCAGCUGAAAUUCUUCAUGGAUUGCCACUGAACAACGAAUACGAGAUGAUGCCCUUCAAUCACUUCACCUUCACACGCGUGUAUCCCAUCGAUCUGGGCCUGGGAAAGCGUGUGGUUGAGAAGCCCAUCGGCUAUCGUCGUCGUGAUCUCCUCGAGGCUGUGAACAAGGCGCUCGACAGUCUCAAUCGCAAUCACACGGCUCGGGCCAAAGCCAAAGGUGGCCAGGCGCUCAAUGAGGUGGCCAAGUACACGCUGGACGACUUUGUGGAGGGCAUCUAUCGCACCGAACCAACCACGGGCAGCCAGUAUGAACUCUACUUCCAGAGCAUCAAGCAUCAGACGCAUGUGGUGCGCAAAGCUUUGAUCAUGCGUCCUUUUGCUCCACUGCAGACGGUUCAGCUGUCGGAGGUGGCGCCCAGUGCCGUCAUCCAUGUGAUAGUUCCACUCGCAGGUCGCCUACGCAGCUUUCGCAGCUUUAUGCAGAUGUUUGGCCAGCUGAAGGAUCGUCGGCUGCAGCUCCUAAUCGUUUACUUCGGCGAGAGUGGUCUGAAGGAGGCGCAAUCCAUUGCUGGGAACUUGGAGCGUGUUCAGCUCUUGGCUCUCAACGAAACCUUCAGCAGAGCCAAGGCUUUGCGUGUGGGCGCCGAACACAUUGAGACGGGCAAAGCGUCGCAGGAUGCGCUGCUCUUCAUGUGCGACGUGGACAUUGUGUUCACGGCCAAGUUUCUGGAGCGUUGUCGUUGGAAUGCUGCCGCUGGCAAGAAGGUUUAUUAUCCGGUUGUGUUUAGUCUCUACAAUCCGCACGUGGUGUACACACUGCAGGGCAAACCGCUUCCGAGUGAGGAGGAGCAGUUGAUCAUCUCGAGGGACACGGGAUUCUGGCGAGACUUUGGCUACGGGAUGACCUGUCAGUAUCGAUCUGACUUUCUGCAGAUACGUGGCUUCGAUGAGGAAAUUGUAGGCUGGGGCGGCGAGGAUGUGAUGCUAUAUCGCAAAUAUGUGCGAUCGAAAAUCAAAAUAAUUCGUGCCACGGAUCCGGGCAUCUUCCAUCGCUGGCACACAAAGAUCUGCACCAGCUCCUUAAGUGCGGAUCAGUAUCGUGCCUGCAUCAGAUCGCGUGCUCUUAACGAAGCCUCUCACGCCCAGUUGGGUUUCCUGGCAUUUCAGGACGAGAUUGCAGCAGCAAGUGCGAUGUCUGUGACCCAUUCGUGAUACUGCUGGAUUGUAGUCGUAUCUGUAAUUGGCCUUCUGCUUUCCGAUAACACUCAGCCACAAUGUGACAAUAAGUAACUUGUAUUUAGCCAAUCGUUGUUGACUCUGUUUUUUGUGCCGCGCCUAGAUACUCGUACUUAAACACUCCUAACUUAUGACAAAUUGUUCUUCCAUGAAGCAAACUAGAUGCAAUCUUCAAACACACAAUACAAAAUACAGAAUACAAUAAAUGUAAACACGAAUACAAAACCAAAAAAAAAAAUUGUAGCAAUGUAUAUCAUAUACCAUACUAUAUAGUGAAAUUACAUUAAAAUUACGACUUACUACUUUGUGUUUUUGCUCCGCAUUAGAUAAACAAAAUUAAAUCGUUUAAUUAAACUUGUCGCCAUUUGGUUUGGUUAUGGUUUUGGAUGUGUAGUCUUGGAUGCCAACGACCUCCAAUUGCGAGAGAGUUCACCGAGCAUGCAGACCAACGAAGAUGCCACAGGAGUCGCCUCGCUCCCCCCCUCCCCGCUGUUCAACUCUACCGUAAAGUUCACAUGUUCACAUGUGGCAUUCAUGCCCUUCGUCUUGGGGCAUUUGGACUACAACAUGUUGUUUGUGGGGCACUUAGAUAGCUCAAUUUUAUUAGCAUAUGUUGCAUAGAUAACACAAGCAGACUAUCA